UGUUGCAACAUGUAGAUCAAAGCAAGGUAACACGCUAUAAGCAUGCAGAGAUGAGCUGUUUACCGCCUGAUUGUUGCUCUGUGUUUUUCUGAAAUCAGAAAUCAGAGGUUUGUUUUGCUUUUAAGUUGGAAAACAGAAGAAAUGACAUUUGGAGGACAGACUUAUACCUUCUCGUUGAAAAAAGAGCUUCCAAAUGGAAAAGGUAAAUCCUGCAAAAUGGGGGACAUGAGUGCAUUCCGGUGAAAAUGUUCCAUUCCCCCCCGCCUCACCUCAUCACAAGAAGAGACGACAUCAAACCCGAUACUCGAGGAGCCUGGGGUGCAGGGAUUAGAGCACUGCAUGAAGGCCUCUCCUGACCCUCAAGAUCCCCAUCUGCCGCAUCAUCCGGACCACUCGGCCAUCUCUUUAGUUCCUACUUUGAGCACGACGGAUGAGAUCUCCAUAAAGAAUAGACUUCAUAGAUUUCACAGCAUGACCAGUGUGGAGGAAUCUCAAACUGAAGGAGAAGGCAGCCCACAGAUCAUCUCUCUCAGGUCUGAAUCAUCAGCAAACCACGAUGGCGACCUGGGGCCGUCUGUCAGGAGGAAGAGGAGGAAGAAGAAAGAGCAGCGUCCCGAGUCGGUUAUCAUCUUUCGCUCCGACAUGGAGAGGGGACCCGGUGAGGACCAAGGAGGUGAAGAAGAGGGAGCCGAGAGAAGCGCGGAGGAAGGGGCUAAUUUCCUCUGCACGCCUACCAAUGAAGGUGGAGGCUGGAGCCUCCCCCCAGACAGCCGCUAUGUUACACUGACAGGCACCAUCACGCGUGGCAAGAAGAAAGGCCAAGUGGUCGACAUCCACGUGACCAUGACUGAGAAGGAGCUUCGUGAGCUGGCUAAGUCAAAGGAGCGGCUCGACGCGGAGUGCGAGGCAGGGGAUGACUCGAACCGUGCGUGCAGGUUGGGUGUAUGUCAGGGACCCCAUGUUGUACUGUGGAGCAUCUCCUGCGCCCCCGUGGUCUUCAUCCUUUCCUUCAUCACCUCGUUCUACUACGGCACUCUGACCUGGUACAACGUCUUCCUUGUGUACAACGAGGAGCGGACAUUCUGGCACAAGAUUACAAUCUGCCCCUUCCUCAUCAUCUUCUACCCGGUGCUCAUCAUGCCCAUGGCUUUGUCUCUAGCGCUGUACUCCGCCGUGGUGCAGGUAUCCUGGGCACUCAGUGGGUGGUGGCAGGCUGUCAGGGACCUUGAGAAGGGCUUCUGCGGUUGGGCCUGCGGAAAAAUGGGUCUGGAGGACUGCUCCCCUUAUAGCAUCAUAGAGCUGCUGGACUCGGACACGGUGUCUGGCACUCUGCAGAGCAAAGCGCCGAGCGAACUCGCCCACACAUCGUCGGUGUAACACGGAAUGAAGUACAGGACAUCACAUGUAGUACUGUGCAAAAGUCUUGGACCACCGUUAGAUUUGUUUUAGCAACACUAUAAUGUAUGUUAGGUCCGCACGGUGGAUGAGUGGUUAGCAUAUUGGCCAAACAAAAUACCUGGGUUCGAAUCUCUAUUAGGCGUCUCUGUGUGGAGUUUCCAUGUUCUCCCCACGUGCGUCCGGGUACUUCCUCCCACGUUCCAAAAACAUCCAUGUUAGGUUUGUCUAUAUGUGCCCUGAGUCAUGUGCUGGGAUAGGCUCCAGCAUACCCCCGCGUCCCUAGUGAAGGUAAGCGGCAUAGAAAAUGGAUGGAUGGAUAAUAUAUGUUCAUAAAUACUGUUGGGGGAGUCAUAUUUUUGUAUUGAUAUAUUAUUCUAAUACCUAAAUGAUAUAUAUUUCAGGGGCUGCACAGCGCUGGAGUGGUUAGUGCGCUGGCCUCACAGCUAAGAGAGCCGAGUUCAAUUCCAAGUUCAAUGUGAGUGUGAAUGGUUGUUUGUCUAUACGUGCCCUGUGAUUGGCUGGCCACCAGUGCAGGGUGUACCCCGCCUCUCGCCGGAAGACAGCUGGGAUAGGCUCCAGCACCCCCACGACCCUUGUGAGGAAAAAGCGGUAGAAAAUGAAUGAAUGAAAUUAAUAUAUAUUUGAGUCAGACACACCAUCAUUUUUAAAUGUCGUUAAAAAUCACAUACUGCAAUACAUUUUUAUUAUUAAUAUUAUGCUGUAUUAUGGUUUA